AUGUCACUGGCCGUGACUUUCGUGGAUGGGUUAGUUUUGGAAUGAAAUGCUGUUUGUUUCCUGUUGCGAAAGUUUAAUUAUGCUUUUGGACGUGUUUGUAUCGAAAUGAAGGUGUUCAAAAAAAGAAUGUUCAAUGGAAAAACGUUCACAAAGAAUCAAAAAACUGUCGUGAUUUAAAGAAUUUUCGUACUAGUAAUAAUGAAACAAUAAUACGUCAAAACAUUGGUGCAUAGUAUAAACAGCGCAUUUUUUAAUAAUAAUUAUAAUGUAAUGUUUAGUUUGUGGAAUUUUAUUCAUGUCACAAUGCUUGUGGAACUGUCCACAUCACUCAAGAAGGAAGAAAGCUGAGUCUUCUUAUGUAAUUGUGUACCAGCGCUAAUUAAAUUUACCAAUCAACAUGAAUGCGUCAUCGGGGAGCAGACACGCCCUUUUCCUCGCAGUUGUGUUGUUUUUAGUUCGGGCAGGCCCUGUGUCCUCGCUGCUAGAGGAGGAUAAGCAGGCGACCAUGCUGUUGGCCAGAGUGGGGGAGCACGUCGUGUUUAACUGCCCCCUGGAUUUCCCUCACGACUACGUGAUUCCCUACAUUCUGCGCUGGAACAAGGAGGGCACCCUCGUCUUCUCGUCUUACGACGGUGGCCUGCAGGCCACGGAGGGAUACGCCGGUCGCGUCAGCCUCGUGUCACCGGAGUCGUCCUACGGGGAAGGCUCCAUCAACCUGACCAACAUCAGGGAGUCCGAUGGGGGCUGGUACGAGUGCAGCGUCUUCUUCCCAAAUAGGACGCCGAGCACACGACCGAAUGGCACGUGGUUCCACCUGUCUGUGGAAGGCGGCACUCUGCUCACAAUCCCACCGAUGAACCAGACCAUCCUCGCCGGGGAACCCGCGCGCUUCACGUGCGUCUCCAAGGACAAGGACGCUGUUGUCACGUGGUACAAAGAUGGCGUCGUCCUGGGCAACAUCCCGGACUUGGGCAACCGCGUCUUCACCGACAACGGCUCGCUCACCAUCUUGCCGACGGACGUGACUGAUCCUGGAGAGUUUUCGUGCGUCGUCAGAAACUCACAAGGGGACACGCAGACGGCGAGCGCCUACCUCAAUGUCCAGUAUAAGGCGAAGGUGGUGAAGUCUGUUUCUGAGGUGUAUCUUCCCUACGGACACUCCGGAAUCCUGGACUGCCACUUUCUGUCAAACCCACCGCUCACCAACCUCCGAUGGGAGAAGGACGGUUUCCUCUUUGACCCCUACAACGUGCCUGAAGUCUUCUACCACAAGAACGGUUCUCUCUUCUUUGCAAAGGUGAACGAGUCGCACAGCGGUCGCUACACAUGCACGCCAAUGAACAGCCUGGGUACCGAGGGGCCCUCGCCCCCCAUGAACGUCAUCGUGCAGCGUCCUCCUAUGUUCACAAUCGUGCCCCACAAUCUGUACCUGGGAAAACCGGGAGAGACGCUCGAGAUUCCUUGCGACGCUGUGGAUGGCAACGACAACCACAAGCCCAAAAUCGCUUGGUUGAGGAAAGACAGUCUGACACUGCCACUGGACAGAAUAAAAAUGCAGAAUGGCAACCUGACCAUCAGAAACCUCAAGGACAGUGACCGGGGGCUGUACCAGUGCGUUGCGUCUAACGAGGCCGCCACCAUUUCCUCCGAGACUGAGAUCAUGAUUGACAACGUGGCUCCGCGUGCCCCGUACAACCUCUCGGUCUCCAGCACCGAGAACUCUGUCACGCUUAAGUGGGUUCCGGGUUUUGAGCGUCCCAAGGUGGAGUACAGCAUCUGGUACCGCGCUGCAGACACUCCGGAAUGGCGAACCACGAAGGUCCCGAACCACGGCAUGAACGAAAAGACUCUCUUGAACCUGAGCCCAGGGCGACUGUACGAGUUUAUGGUGCUGAGCCAGGACAGACAUGGCGACGGCAUGUUCAGCAAGGCCAUCCGCAUCCACACCAAAGGAUCGAGAGCAUCGAACACCUCGACGUAUGAAUCGACACCAUUGGGUCAGUUCCAACAGAUUGGUCCACCCCGCAAUGUGUCUGUGAGGCUGGUAGUGGAUGGGUAUCUAGUCACGUGGCAGCCUCCGGAGUUUGGCGGCAAUGAACUCCGGGCAUACAGAGUCCAGUGGACCCACGCCUCCAGAGAAUACAUCUGCAGCAGUGCGGAAACCCAGGACACCUCAUUCCUAGUGCCAAGCCUGGAAGAGGACAAGACGUACUUCUUCGAGGUGCUGGCAGUGUCGCACAAUGACUACGAAGCAAAGAGUUCCCAGUACGCGCUGCACAUUCCUGGCUACCGGCAGAUACGCGCAGUUGCCGUGGGUGUGGCCGUGGGAUUUGCCUUUCUGUUGGUGGCUGCCGGUGGCACCUGGUACAUGCAUCGACUGUACGUGAAGAGACUUCGGCACGAGGAGAAAGAUGAGGCCUACUGAACUCAAGGUUAAAAGAUCUGUUGACCCAGAUAACAGUCGACGCCACAAAUGUUGUUGACUGUGACACAUUUUUAGAACUGAAGUGUUUUCAAACAAUGCUUGGAAUUUGCUCAACAGGAAUCUGGCAAAAAGUAUUGUGAAAUGUACAAAGGUGCGACAUUCCCGAAACAAAUGAAAAUCAGCGAGACCUUGUGAUUAUUAUUAAAGCUGUUCGAGAUCAAGAUGCGAGUUUCGGAAUUUUCAAGUUUUUAUGGAAUUUCAGUCGUAAUUUGGAUCGUGCGGUGGAUGGGUGAUGGCACCGUGAAAUGUAGGAUUUGUUGCCAACAUCUGCUACUCUGUGAUGAAAAUGGAGGCGGUAGGGAUCUUUGAAACAUUGGCAAUGCAGCUCCACGAUGCAGAAAUCGGAAUCAUGUGACGUGCAAGUGUCCAGAAGAUUUUUACUUCAUUAAAUAUUGUGUAGUGCAGCUUAUAAAGUUUAUGGAAAGUUAUUGAUCAGUCUAUUUGAAUAUGUUUUGAUAUGGUAGGAAGACAUAAUAACAAUUUUAGGUUCAUGACACUGUAAGGUACAAACGAGAAUUGAUAAAUUGAGACGCGUAUCGGAGAAAUUUGACAAUAUGUAGUGUAAAUUAUCAGCUUUCAGUUAUAUAAAUUGGUAUUCCUUAUGGUUUUUUAAGUCUGAGGUAUUCAUUAACCCCAACUUUUGAUUUCUGAGUCAUAUUUCAUAUACUCCAGAGCGAAUCUGUGCUCUCGAAAUUCGUCAGAACUAAGAGCCGAGGGGGUCGCAGAUGAAGGAGUUCAUUCUGUCCAUAGUACAAACACAUUCCAGUCUCAUAAUAGUCUCAGUUUGUGAGUGUGUAAUGUCUUGGUGGACGUAGUAUUUGAAUUUGUUUUAUUUCUACCUUGAAGCUAGGGACAUUGGCAAAAUGCACAGAUUCGCCCUGACUAGAGUAUCUUUACGGAGCCAUGAAUAUAUUUUUGUUAUGAAGUCGUUAAUACCUGUUCAAAGCUGAUUCAAAUUAUCCACGAAGAAUUAACUUCUCAAAGAUCGGUUUUACACAUGUUCAUUAUGGAUGAGAUUUUAAUUUUUAUUGAUUUAUAAUGAAUAAAUAUUUUGAUUUAUAAUUGAUCUUAUAGAAAAUCUUAGACCAGCCUUGUCAUAUUUUUAUUGUAGCAUAUAAAAUGUAUAGGUCAUUGUGAAGACGUCUGUGUCUUAAGAGUAUUGUUUGUGUGUAACUUUUUUUGGAAUAUCAUAUGGAAAUACACGUAUGUGAAUGAUGAAAUAA